GCCGCCUUGCCUCGCCUUUGGCCCCGCGGCUGCGGGCGGGUCCUGCGCCGCAGGUGGCUGCCGGGCCCGCCGGGUCGGGCGGGGAGCAGUGAGGUAGGGCUGCGGGCAGGUGGCUGCAGGUCAGCAGCGGCUGUGGUGGUGCCGUCUGACUCACUCCUCGUCGCCUCCUGGGCGCUGCCAGCCGCGGGCACCGCUCUCCUGCCGUCUGCGGGCUGCCGGUGUCCUGGGCUGAGCCGCUGCCGGAGGGCUGCCGCCUCGCUCCUCGCACAGGCCGCAGUGACUGUCACAUGAGUUCCUCAAGGAUAAUGGACCCUAAGGUGCGAGAGACUGAAGGAGAUGGAGAGGACAAUUCAGGAAAGAAAAAAUCAAAGUUUAAAUCUUUCAAAAAGUUUUUUGGUAAAAAGAAAAGGAAAGAGACGUCAUCUUCUGGGAGCAGCAGUCUGAAGUUAUUCCAGUCGACAAGCGAUGUUGCAGCCUCACACGACGUGUCCAUUAAUUAUGAUUCUGAAGAUGAACUCCAGACACAUAAAGGCAUUAUGGGAAGCAGAGCUUUGUCACAUGAUAGCAUUUUCAUCCCUGAGACUGGGCAAGAGCCUGCAAGGCCAGUAAGAGUGUUUUCUCAAGAAAACAUUUCUGAUCGGAUUAGAGCUUUACAGUUGAAACUCCAGCCUACCAUGAAAUUGGGACCUCCGCCUCCAUUUGGACUUCAUGCAAAGCGAACAGAGGAUGCUGGGACCAGUUCUGAAGAUGAUGGAUUACCCAGGAGCCCUCCAGAAAUGUCUUUGCUCCACGAAAACCUAAAUUCAGGCACAACAACAAGAUUCUCUGACUCUCACAAGCACCUUAGCUCUUUGAGUUUAGCUGGAACAGGCAGUGAAGAAGAAGAACAGGUUACAUUGGGUCCUUCUUCUAGAUCUUGCUCUACAGAUGGUCAGCUGUUCCCUAGGCACCGAAGUGCCAAAACUGGAGCUGCCCAGAUAUCUGACAGUACCGUUUCGCCUGCAGCCAAUUUUGACACUCCACCUGAGCUUUCCUCUUGCUUGGAUAAUUCUGCUGCUAAACACAAGCUUUUAAUAAAACCCCGGAACCAGAGAUCCAGUAAAAUGAGAAGAUUUUCUCAGAGGACCCAGUCUGAAUCUCUGACUGAUUUGAGCUGUACCCCAGAAGAAGAAGAAGUGGAUGAUGAAAAGGAGAUGCAGACCGACUCGCCAGAUGCUGUAUUCAAACCCAGCAAUCAAGAACUGCCAUGCGGCACAGCUGCAGCACAGGAUGUGGCUUCCUGGCCCAAGCCCAGAAUGCCUGAGGACCUUCCCCCUGCUUGGAGACCACUGAUGACUCAACCUACUUCUGAGUCUGCUGUGAUACAGGAAGCCCUGCUGCUAAAGAAUAAACCAGAGGGCUGCCAACCAGCACUGGAAGUGACGUGUGUGAAGUCCGAAUCCUCAUUGCUGUUAGAAGGCAAAGACUCCACAACUUCUUUCUACUCCAGUCCAGACAGAGACGUACAAAAGCAAGAAGAUUUCUCAGAAACACCGGUUCUAUUGUCUGGGGAUGUGAGCAAUAUGUCAAUCAAUAUUUCAAAUCAAGAUAAUGAGGAGCUUCCUACUGUGUUUUCAGUAAAUAAAAUACCAUCUGAAGAAGAUAUUUCAAUUAGUAAGAAUAGUAUUGUUUGCUUGGAAGGGUCAGAAGAAAAUAUACAGGAGGAUGAUGUGGAAAUGCCCUGUAAUAAAGAGGCAAAGAAAGAGGUUGCUGUAUUGUCAGAGUCCAGCAAGCAAUUUUCCAUAGGUUCUUUCCAGCCCACAGACUCGUUCCAUGUUUCACAUCCUCCUUCCUCAGCACAGAUGGGAUCACCUGCUUCCUGCUCGAUAAAGAAAACAAAGACUGCACAAGAGGCAGCUGCUUCUGGUGAGAACAGUCAGUCACUGGUCCACAAGGAGAAACUUUUGGGGAAGAAAGCUGAAAAAGCAGCCAAUGAACUCAAUGCCUUGAGAAAAUUUUCUGUUUCCUCUGCACAGGAGAGACCAAGGACCAGAAGCCUGCACUUCCCAGAAAGAUCAGAGUUGGAAAGCCCAUUAAAUACUGGGUUCUUCCUGUCCAAAGCAAAGCUCUCCUCGAGAAAUGAGAAGUGGAAAGAAGACUUGCAGAAGGGAUCAGAUCCGGAGGAGGAAAAAAGUAGCAACAAAAAGCAGACUUUGCUGCCAGAGUCCGACUCUGAGAACACAGGCCAGCCUACAGAAAUUUUGUCUGGCUGUGUUUCUCCGGCUGUCGAUAUAGUGCCAGGUGAUUCUUCGGUGGUAUCUCAGAAUCGGCCAAGCUGUGAAGAUAAAAGUCCUUUUCAAGUAAAACUUAGAUCCACCUCACUGUCCUUGAAAUACAGAGACAACUCGUCACCAGAAUCAAAAGGGAUUAAAAGAUACAGUGCAGAGUUUAAUUUAGAAAAUGAGGGGUUGACAUCCUUUCUAAAAGGUGAUAAGACACAGAUCAAAAAAACAGCCAAUAGAAAUAUUGAUGAUUCUUUCAAUGAAAAGAUCAAACCCAAAGCGAAGUCCUCUGAACAGCUUAGUAGCAAACCUCCAUUGCCUAAAAAGCCAGCCUUGCAAAACAUAACCAUUCCAAAUACUACUGCAAACAAGGAGAAGCAGGACAAAACUAUUCACUCUCCUGAAUCCAGAAAUGAAGAUAGAGACUUGGAGAAAAAGUCAAAUCCUUGUAAAGUUCCCGAGAGAAGCGUGCCUUCCCCCGUGCCUGCUGGAGACUCUGGAAGAGAUCCCAACAGUCCUGCGCAGCCAGCCUGGAUUUCCAUAGCGAGACAGAAGCAGAGGGGCAUGCAGCAGGAACAGGAACUCGACGGAGAAAAACUUGUGGCUCUGGAUGUUAAGUCAGAUACAGAGAAACAGAAUAAAGAGAAGGAGCAAACAGAGGGGUCAGUGAAGCAGCAGUGGAGCAAACCUUCGCACUUGGCACCUAAAACCUCUUCUGAAGAACACAGGAAAGAGACAAAGUCUGAAGUGAAGGAGCCGCUGCUGAGAACCAAUUCACUGUCACAUUAUGUCCCUGUUGCUCCAUCACCAGCACUGGUGGAUAAAGAGGAAAUAAGCCACUUUAAGAAAGUCAGUAAUGCUGCUCCGGAUCAGCCAUCAUGGAUGGAACUGGCCAAAAAGAAAUCGCAAGCCUGGAGUGAUAUGCCACAGAUUAUAAAAUAGAAUGAUGCAAACAAAUAGCAUCUUUCAUAAUUAAGUCAACUACUUACCUGAACUUCUACAGAUCAGCUAAUCACAGUGAAGAAUCUCUUGAUACAGGAGAAGGGUUUUAUUAUAUAGCUGUGGAGAGUGUGCAAUAGGUGCAGUCAAAAAGUUUACCUUCGACUUUGUAGCAAUCAUGAUUGCAGUGGCAAUGGAUUACUUAAAUUAUGCUAAGGACGGACAUACACUUUGGAAAAAGUUUUGCCUACAUAUUUCCUGCGUUUUCUGCUUUUAAUGACAUUUGCAUCAGAACAGAAUCUUUGCUAAACUUUGCUGAACUUCCGUUGUUGCUGGAAACUUCUGUUUGUUAUGGUUUCUCUGUUUACAUUUAUAAAUUGUGCACUAACAUCCUGAUUCUGUUCAUGUGUUUCACUGGAAUCGCCUGACACUCUCUCUCUCACAGCUGUUUGGACCAUGGAGGUAUUCAGGAGUAGCUGCUAGCAAGUGCUCCCUUAAAAUGUGUUGCUUGAGCUGCGUGUUUGCCUCGCUGAGCCAAGUGGUCCAGUUUCUGGCCUUAGAUUACAUUUCAUGAGGCACAAAUAUGCACAUUUAUGGGUGACCAUGAAUAAAAAUUCCUCAGCUCCUUCUGCAAGCUACCUUGGUUGCACAGUGUUUGCAAGCAGGCGAGCAGUAAGGAAACUGAACUGCAGUUGGAAGCUCAUCAAUGCAUUCACACUUACUUUUCCUACCUGAAUUUAUCUGGUUGCAACUGGUUUUCCUUUAUGUGAAAUCAUCAUUCUCAGUUAGGAGGAUAGUAUUAGCAUCAAUGGACAAUAUGAAUUUAGUUAAAAAAUAAGAACUGAAAAGCCUUCAGCUAGAGUCCAAACUGAAAUGCUGGGAAAAACUGUGAACUUCAUUGCAGCGUCAGCUUCGCAUAUCACCCCCUACAUGAUCUUAAUUAUUCUCAUAAAAAAACCAGCAACGUAUAGCAUUUCUGUUCUUUACUACCUUUAUAUAAAAUUCUCAUGCUCAUCAGCCUGAGCCUCCC